GUUUGUCUCCGCUGCCACACGGCCUUCGAGUCGGAUAUGGCGGGGGCGCGUCGGGUAGGCCUAAUAGCCCUUGCAUUGACCUGGGGGCUUGUAUCCGCUAUUUCUUCUUCUCCUGCUCCCCCACUCCAGUGGCUGAAUCUUUCAAACCUUUUGAAGGGCACAACACGACCACCACCACUAAAAAACGCGGCUAUUGGUUACGAUGAUGCCUCCCGAACCUUGAUUAUCUUUGGAGGAGAAGCCUCCAGUGGAAUUGCACAAGGAAACACUUAUCUCCUGGACUUGAAAACAUUAACUUGGUCCAUUCCGAACCCUCCGAAUAACCUCAAACUCACGCCCCCAGCUCGUAGUGCCGCAGUCUUUGGAGUCGACAGCGCGGCAAGCAAUCGCCAUGGCUUCAUUGUAAUUGGCGGGAAGGGCGUGGAUGGUGUGGCGCUCGACGAUGCUUGGGAAUUCGACUUCACAAACGGCUUUUGGAGUGAGAUUCAUAUAACGCCAGGACAUGGACCUGCUGCCCGUUGGGGAGCCAGUGGUGGGAUCGACACACGUGUGGCUGCUGUUUCGGAUCCUGUCUUACCUGGUCCCAAUAACACCUUUUGGUAUUGGGGUGGCUCAGACCCCUCACAUUCUUUCUCUGAGCUCUGGCGGCUGAACGUGUCUGGAACACUCUCAUCAAAUCUGCCUGACAAUGUGGUGGCUAGUUGGGAGCAAAUUCACCUGCCUGCCCUUCCUCUCAUCACAGGACAAGGCGGCAGCGUCUUGAAAGAGCAAGUUGUAACAAUGGGGGGCUGUAAUGCUACCUCUUCUCCUGACGAAAAUUGCGCGAUCCAAGCAACAUACCUUAUCAACGGCGGAAGUUCUACUGACGCGAUAGCUCUCAACUGUCCCGCACCCCGACUUACUCCCGUCGUGAUACCGAACGGUAACACCUUCAGUGCUUCGUUCGCUUCACAGAUGUUCGUCAUGCUGGGUACAUUCAAUUCCAGUUUGUGGGACGACGGCGCUGGCUUGAAACACGGUGAAGUCGCUAUUGUGGACACAAUGACUCGAUCAUGGACACGAAUACUCCCAGCCGGCGAUCCAGGUACCUCUGGCAAGGAAGCCUUUCCAACGCCUAGAGCAGGCGCGAUAGCAGUUAUGUUUCCCAUUUCCCUGGUUGGUGAUGCUCGGUCAACAUCCAGCGACAUUAUUGUCUUUGGAGGCGUUGAAGAAGAUGGAACGUACCUUUCUGAACUCUGGUUGUUGCGGUCAUAUAAUGCUGUGGUCACAGAAGAUGAUCCCAGCUGGGCGGGCUUUGGCGACGGAACGUUGCAAACUGGGGUCAACGCCGCAGGAGCUGGUGUCCAAAAUAUCUUCAUCACGAGUUGUGCUUCUCAGUUGACUCGGCCGUCCCCUCCUAUCUCUUCACCCAGUAACCCGUCCUCUUCUUCCGACAAUUCUACGACACCUAGUCCGGUCCCACAUAUCGAUACAUCCGUCCUCCACAAAUCUUUGGCCCCCGUCUCAGCUGCACUACUACUCCCUUCAUUCCUUGUCUACCGGCAUUGUUCUCGCUACUUCAGCUUAGGCGAACCCCCUCUGCCUCGCUUCAUGUUCUAUCUUUCCAUUGCCUCCGCAACAGUUAGUUAUGGACUUGGGGUCGCUGCUUUGGCCAUCGCAUUCACUUCAAUCCGCUCUUCCACGGGUGUUCCCCCACGACAUCUGAGUACAACCCACGGCCAAGCGGGCCUCGCUCUAUUUGUCUUGCUAUACGGUCUCGUGCCCCUCACCGCUAUUUUCAUAUCCAUCAGAGAUGCGAGGAAGUCACCCUCGAAAUAUCACAAUACUCGAACACGUGCCAACUCUGAUGCGAGCGAGAAAGACGUACGCAGUGCCCGCAGUCCAUCGCCCACUCAGCGCAGAGUACAAACAAACUGGAGGAAAGGUCACGAAGAUUCUUUUGACACUGGGUCGGCAGAAACAGGAGACUGGUUGCAGCCCUCGGUUCCUUCUUCCAAACGAACAUUCGAGGUUCUUAACCGCCCCGCCCGCACGCGUCGCGCCAGCAGUAGUCGCCCAUUGUCCGACACUUCACCUUCCCCGACAUCUCAAAGCCUUGGUGAUGUCGAAUGGUUGAACCGAAGGCGGAGUCUUACAAUAGUGGGGGAACUAGAGAAUUCUUACAGUCCCCCUCCGCCUGUGGCACCCACCCCCCAAUCAAACCCUGCCACCUUGAUAGAGCCGCCACCCAGGCUUAUACCAUCGAAAACACUUGUGCUUGCACGGGUUUUGUUUCAUGUUCUCAUGCUUGCUUUCUGUGUCUUCACACUUGUCGCAUUGUGGUCGAAAGCACCCAAAGGCGCGUUCGCCGCCUUUCUUGUUGUUGUUGGACUUUUCUACGCGACUCUUGCUGGCCUGGCCUGGAGUGGCCGGCCCGACCGAUCAAUACUUGCAAUUCUUCUCCAUCGCAUGCGGGCUGAACCACCAACAUCACCUCCUCGACCUUCAGUUUCGGAUACCGAUGAAAGCGGAGGCUUUCCAUAUACUCAUCGACCUCCCUACCGAGCAGCCUUGGCUACAGAUUAUGUCAGCCCUGGCACUGGUGCAGACACAGAGGAUGAAGAUGACGACAGAGCGGAAGAAGAAAUGCGAAGACGUGAUAUUUCAAUGUGGACCUCCCAGCCCAAACGAGCACUUGUCAUUACCAACCCCAGUCCUUCUUGA